AUGACAAGCCAUCCACCAGUAAAAUCCCUCAAGAAAUCUUCUGUCCCAGGAGUUGUUAUCACCCAGUUUGUGGAUGAUAUUCCAGAAGGAUGCAGUACACCUGACUUUGAGCGGAAACCUGUCACUCUGACGUUGCAGGAAGGUAAAAAUGCCAUUUUCAGAGCUGUGGUCAAAGGUGUCCCAACCCCUGAUGUGAAAUGGACGCGUAUACAAGGAGGAAUGGAUGAUCCUGUCAAAUACAAAACAUUCUUCAACAACAUUACAAAUGAAUUCAUUCUGCAGAUAAAUGAAAUCACUACAGAUGACAGUGAUUUGUACCGUUGCUUUGCUGUGAAUGAAUACGGGGAAGCUGCGUGCUCUGCUGGCCUCAGGAUCAUACAAGUUCGCUUUAAAAGGAAAGCAAAAUAUGUUCCUGUUCAUCCUGCUGAUGAAUUAAAGAAGAAGCUUCAGGACUUCAGGAAGCUGCUGCGGAAGCGGGCCCCAGCACCAAAACCAAAACCCUUGGACAAAGAAGCAGUCUGGCAACUGUUGCUGCAUGCAGAUAGGAGAGAUUAUGAGAAAAUAUGUAUGAAAUAUGGAAUUGUUGACUUCCGUGGGAUGCUGAGAAAGCUGCAGGAGAUGAGGAAGGACACAGAGAGUGAACAAGGAGAGUUAAUAAACAGCAUCAAAAACUUUGAACACAUCAAAGUCAAUAAGGAGGGGAAAGCUACGUUCAGUCUGGAGAUGGACCUGAAAAACAGAAACAGCAAAGUUUAUCUGCUUAAGGAUGGUGAGAGGCUCAGGUAUGGAACAGGGGAUGAAUACAGAAAGCACUGCCUGAGGCGAAUUGGGAAAAGGUAUAAUUUCAUUGUCAACGAUGUACAGCCAGAAGAUGCAGGCUUGUAUCAAGUCAGAGUGGAGGACGUACCUGUUUUCUCAACUGAACUGGAUGCUGAAUCCAUCCCUGUGAGAUUUGAGCAGCCGCUCAGUGACGUGCGUUGUCCCGAGGAAGAAGAUGCUGUCUUUGAGUGUACGCUACGCACGCCCUGCUACGAUGCAGUGUGGCUACACAAAACCCACCUCCUCGAGGCAAGUGAGAAGCACCAGAUCUCCGUAACACCUGAUGGUCUGACCCACCAGCUGAUUAUCAAAAACGUUGUGCCUUCUGACAAUGGCAUGUACACACUCGACACUGGACUCUGCUCCUCAAAUGCCUGGCUUAUUGUAGAGUAUGCCAAAGGGAAGAGGAGACAGGGUGAAAGAGGCGAAAGAGAGAAAUCUGAGUGGCUGGAAGAAACAUUGCCAGAAAAAGACAGAGCUAAGAAACUUCGACGCAGAGAAUAUGUUGAUGAUGAAGAUCAUCUUAUGGACACUGGCAUGGAAAAAGAUGGCUGGUACAGAAAUGGUCAAGGCCACCCCAGUGAUGUUAAUGGAAGCCAUAGAUUUUUGGGAAAAGAUGGGCUACGCAAAGCCCACAGAGAUGGAAGGACGGGGUUUGGGCAGUUUUCUGGAGCAGACCUAGAAGGAGACUCAAUGACAAAUGAUGGUAGUAUCUUUGGAUUAAAAGGCUUAGGAGGCAGAAGUAGAUUAAGGCCUUUCCAUGGCAAGGACUCUGUGACAGGCAGAGCAGAUACUGGUGAUGAAUUAGGAGGAGCAGGUGAAUGGUAUCCUGUGGAUGGCAGAGAUGAUGGUAUGCUGGAUGCUGCUAACAUUGACAUGGAUGAUGGAGAGGGUUUGGGCUCUCAGCAUGACAAGGAUGGUAAAUUAGGUGAUACUAGUUACAGAGCAGGCUUCGGGGGUGUUGGGAGAUUAGGUGCUCCUGAUGGAAGUUCCAUGUUAGAUGGACUCGAUCCUGAUUCAACCAGAGUGGGAGUUGGAAUGAGGUCCCCCUACGGCAAGGAUGGUCUACCAACUGUAGCUGAUAGGAAUGGAGCAAGUAUAAAUAGAGAGGGACAAACAGGGAGUCCUUAUGGCAAGGAUGGCCUGACACUUCAUGCUAGUGGUCAUUUAGGUCAGGCAGGAAGGUCUGCAUUGCUGUAUGGCCCAGGUGGCCUUCCAGCUGGACAUGGGGCUCUAUCUGGUGCAGGUGGCAGUUCUAUAGGGGAAAUGGAGGCUUUGUAUGGUCCAGAUGGUCAGCCAGUUGGAACAGGUGGUGGUGAUGUUGGUGUAGCUGGUGCAGGGGGAGUUGGAUAUCCCUAUGGAAAGGAUGGGGCAGUUGGGUAUCCCUAUGGAAAGGAUGGUCUCCCAGCUGGGGCUGGCAUUGGUGGUGGUGGUGCAGGGGGAGUAGGGUCUCCCUAUGGAAAGGAUGGUCUCCCAGCGGGGGCUGGUCUUGGUGGUGCUGGUGCAGGGGCAGUAGGGUCUCCGUAUGGAAAGGAUGGUCUCCCAGCGGGGGCUGGUCUUGGUGGUGCUGGUGCAGGGGCAGUAGGGUCUCCGUAUGGAAAGGAUGGUCUCCCAGCGGGGGCUGGUCUUGGUGGUGCUGGUGCAGGGGCAGUAGGGUCUCCGUAUGGAAAGGAUGGUCUCCCAGCGGGGGCUGGUCUUGGUGGUGCUGGUGCAGGGGCAGUAGGGUCUCCGUAUGGAAAGGAUGGUCUCCCAGCGGGGGCUGGUCUUGGUGGUGCUGGUGCAGGGGCAGUAGGGUCUCCGUAUGGAAAGGAUGGUCUCCCAGCGGGGGCUGGUCUUGGUGGUGCUGGUGCAGGGGCAGUAGGGUCUCCGUAUGGAAAGGAUGGUGUUGCAGCUGGAGGAGGCAUUGGUGGUGCUGAUGUAGCUGGUGCAGGGAGGGUAGGCACUCCCUAUGGAAAGGAUGGUCUCUCAUCUGGAGUAGGUGGUGUUGGUGCUGGUGUAGCUGGUGCAGGGGGAGUUGCGUCUCCCUAUGGAAAGGAUGGUCUUCCAGCUGCAGUAGGUGUUGGUGGUGCUGGUGCGGGGGGAGUAGGGGGACUUGGGUAUGCCUAUGGAAAGGAUGGUGUUCCAGCUGGGGCUGCACUUGCUGGGGCUGGUCUUGGUGGUGCUGGGGGAGUAGGGUCUCCCUAUGGAAAGGAUGGUCUCCCAGCUGGGGCUGGUCUUGGUGGUGCUGGUGUAGGGGGAGUAGGGUCUCCAUAUGGAAAGGAAGGUCUUCCAGCUGGAGUAGGUGUUGGUGGUGAUGGUCUUGGUGGUGCUGGGGGAGUAGGGUCUCCCUAUGGAAAGGAUGGUCUCCCAGCUGGGGCUGGUCUUGGUGGUGCUGGUGUAGGGGGAGUAGGGUCUCCAUAUGGAAAGGAAGGUCUUCCAGCUGGAGUAGGUGUUGGUGGUGAUGGUCUUGGUGGUGCUGGGGGAGUAGGGUCUCCCUAUGGAAAGGAUGGUCUCCCAGCUGGGGCUGGUCUUGUUGGGACUGGACUUGGUGGUGCUGGUGCAGGGGGAGUAGGGUCUCCCUAUGGAAAGGAUGGUCUCCCAGCUGGGGCUGGUCUUGGUGGUGCUGGUGUAGGGGGAGUAGGGUCUCCAUAUGGAAAGGAAGGUCUUCCAGCUGGAGUAGGUGUUGGUGGUGAUGGUCUUGGUGGUGCUGGGGGAGUAGGGUCUCCCUAUGGAAAGGAUGGUCUCCCAGCUGGGGCUGGUCUUGGUGGUGCUGGUGUAGGGGGAGUAGGGUCUCCAUAUGGAAAGGAAGGUCUUCCAGCUGGAGUAGGUGUUGGUGGUGAUGGUCUUGGUGGUGCUGGUGUAGGGGGAGUGGGAUAUCCCUAUGGAAAGGAUGGUGUCCCAGUUGGGACUGGACUUGGUGGUGCUGGUGCAGGGGGAGUAGGGUCUCCCUAUGGAAAGGAUGGUCUCCCAGCUGGGGCUGGUCUUGGUGGUGCUGGUGUAGGGGGAGUAGGGUCUCCAUAUGGAAAGGAAGGUCUUCCAGCUGGAGUAGGUGUUGGUGGUGAUGGUCUUGGUGGUGCUGGUGUAGGGGGAGUGGGAUAUCCCUAUGGAAAGGAUGGUGUCCCAGUUGGGACUGGACUUGGUGGUGCUGGUGCAGGGGGAGUAGGGUCUCCCUAUGGAAAGGAUGGUCUCCCAGCUGGGGCUGGUCUUGGUGGUGCUGGUGUAGGGGGAGUAGGGUCUCCAUAUGGAAAGGAAGGUCUUCCAGCUGGAGUAGGUGUUGGUGGUGAUGGUCUUGGUGGUGCUGGUGUAGGGGGAGUGGGAUAUCCCUAUGGAAAGGAUGGUGUCCCAGUUGGGACUGGACUUGGUGGUGCUGGUGCAGGGGGAGUAGGGUCUCCCUAUGGAAAGGAUGGUCUCCCAGCUGGGGCUGGUCUUGGUGGUGCUGGUGUAGGGGGAGUAGGGUCUCCAUAUGGAAAGGAAGGUCUUCCAGCUGGAGUAGGUGUUGGUGGUGAUGGUCUUGGUGGUGCUGGGGGAGUAGGGUCUCCCUAUGGAAAGGAUGGUCUCCCAGCUGGGGCUGGUCUUGGUGGUGCUGGUGUAGGGGGAGUAGGAGGUCUUGGUUCUUUAUAUGGAAAGGAUGGUCUCUCAGCUGGGGCUGUGUCAGGAGCUGCUCAUUUUCCUUCUGGAGGUGAAGAAGUACUGGGAUCUCGCCAUGGCAGGGAUGGUACGCUGAGCAGAUCUAAAGGAUAUAUAGGUGGAGGAGGAGAUGGCUUUCCCUCAGAAGGUGGUAGUGGCGCUGGCUCUGCAAUACGGAGUGCUGGGUCUCCCUAUGGCAAGGACAAUGGGUCAGCUGGAGCCGGGGCUGGUGUGGGUGGUGUUGGCAGGUUGGGAGGCGAUGAAAGGGUGUUACGUGGUAAAGAAGGUGUGGUAGGUGCUGUUGGGCGAGGUGGUGAAUAUGGGCUGGAUUCACAUCCUGGCAAAUCUUCUAUGGGAGGUGAAACUGGAAAGGGCACUGCCAGUAAUUUCAGAGGCUCAGGGAACAAAGGCUCAUCUCAGGAGAGAGAUUCACUUUCAGGUCAAGGAGAUGCCAGGGGUGAGGGCAGAGAUUUAGGACAUUUCGGCUCCCUGUACGGCAAAAAUUCUGCCUUUGGAGGGUCAGGGAGUAAAUCCCAUAACAGAUCUGUUGAUGGGAGGAAUUCAGGUGGUUUUGGUCAAGGUUUAUUGGAUUAUGGGCAGAUGUCAGAUCUUUAUGGUGGACCUGCUUCAAUAAACCAGAGAAAACAGGAACCCAGCCUUGAUAUUAAAGCAAAUGAUUUCUUGAAGAAUACAGAAAGUGUGGGAAGAAGACGUUAUUGCCUAGAUGAUCUGAAAGCACCACGCUGUCAUAUCAACAAACAGUUACUUGAUGUCAGAGUCCUGAAAGGGGAAUCAGCUGAGCUGUCGUGCACCGUCAGUAAAGAUGAAGUGACAGGAACCUGGUUUAAAGAUGGAUUAAAGUUAACAAACAUGGACGGAAUCUAUUUUGAAAAGGAAGGUCUGGUCCACAAACUAAUUAUUAACAAAGUGGAAGAUUUUCAUGCUGGGAGAUACAGGUUUGAAGGUGGAGAUACCAAAACUGAAGCUUCAAUUUUUGUUGAAGAUCCUCCACAGGUCGACAAAGUUCUCCUCAAAAACUUAACAAGUGUUCCUACUGUGGCCAAGGCAGGGCAGAAAGUAAAGAUCAAGAUCCCUUUUGAGGGCCGGCUGCCAGUCAGAGCAACGUGGCUAAAGGACAGAAUGGAGCUCGUAGAUGACACAAGGAUUCGUGUUGAUAAAACAGAGACUUUUACCAUGCUGUCCAUCUCCAGCAGUGAGAGAAAGGACUGUGGGGAUUACAAAGUCAGGCUGAAGAAUGACAGUGGGGUCCUGGAGAUCAACUUAAAGCUUGUGGUAUUAGACAAGCCACAGCCACCUGCAGGACCCAUCAAAAUUGUAGAAAGCUCUGCAAGUGACAUCACCAUUCAGUGGAAGCCCCCAAAGGACGACGGGGGCAAACCACUGCAAAGCUACAUUGUUGAGAGACAGCAGGUGGGCAAGAAUGACUGGGUGACUUUGGGAGAAACCCCCAGGAGCUGUACUACCUUCACUACUAACAAAGUGGAACAAGACAUGAGCUACUACUUCAGGGUGAGAGCUGUGAAUGUCGAGGGCACUAGUGACGCACUGGAAUCGGAGGAAGUGAAGGCUGUCAGUAAAGCUUCACCUGGUGCCCCAGAUCCCCCUGAGAUUGUCAGUGCCAGCAGAGACACCAUCACAAUAUCCUGGAAAGCACCUCGUAAAACUGGCAAUUCCCGAAUUGUGGGAUACAUCAUUCAAAAGCGCAAGAAGGGUACCACAACCUGGCUGCCAGUCAACAAUGUGCCUAUAGCAGACAAGAAGCUGAAAAUGACCAAUCUCAAGAAAGGUCUGCAGUAUGAAUUUCGUGUGGCAGCUGUCAAUGCUGCUGGCAUAGGAGAUGCCAGUGAACCAUCACGGCCUGUCUUUGCACGGGAUUCCACAAAAUCUCCGGGUCAAGUGCAGGACCUUAAAGUGAGCAGCAGUGACAGCACUAGCAUCACCUUGACAUGGAAGAGACCUGAAGCAGAAGAUGGGGGUGAUGUGAAAGGCUAUGAGGUGGAGAUGCGGUCUUCUAACAACCUCAACUGGACCAAAUGCAAUAGUCUUCCCAUAGAGGUGACCACUUACACAGUUAAAGGCCUCCAAGCCAAGGAGAUAUACUUCCUGCGUGUGAGAGCCCUCAAUGACAGUGGCCCAGGAGAAGCCACAGAGCUCGAAGCUUGCAUCGAAGCUGCUCUCCCUGUGGUUUCUCCCAGGUUACUAAUAGAUGACACAGUGAAAAACUUCCUGGUUAUAAAAGCAGGAAAUACCAUCCGAGUGAAUAUUCCCUUUGAAGCAUCUCCAGAUCCAGUGGUGACCUGGUUGAAGGAUGGGCUUCCUCUUCCAAACAGGGCUACAAUAAACACCAAAGAUGGUACCACCCAGCUGCUGAUUGGAGAAGCUGAGUUUGCUGACAGCGGCAUCUACACCGUUGAGCUCCAGAAUGCCUUAGGGAAAAGUGAAAAAUUCAGCUUCCAAGUUCAAGUUACAGAUAUCCCGCAAUCACCUGGACCGAUUCAAUUGGAAGAGAAAGUGCCAAAUACAGUGACAGUAACCUGGGAGCCUUCAGCAUCUGAGAAAUGGGAAAAUAAUCUCUACUACACAGUCCUGAAACGGGAAUCACAGAAGGGCUUGUGGCACGUGGUGGGUGACCUGAUCUACACCAACAAGUUCACAUUCACCAAACUGAUCCCAGGCCGGGACUACUACUUUAGGGUCGUGGCAAAAAAUUACUUGGGAGCCAGUGGUCCAUCUGAAACUGCGCAGCCUUGGAGAAUUAAAAAAACAAAGGCUGAAUUUCAAGUCAAACCACAGAAAUACCGGAGUGUUAAUCAAAAUCAGCCCCCCAGAUUCCUUGUCCCGUUGAAGCCUCAUGUGGUGACUACUGGGAGUGAGUGCCAAAUGAGCUGUGCAGUUGGAGGCCAUCCAGCCCCAAAGAUCACAUGGUACAAGGAUGGUAGAGACCUCUCCACUGAUCCUAACUAUUUUUGCACAAACAACUUUGGUGUCUGCUCCCUGGUUGUCAUGGGUGUCACAAAACAUGAUGAAGGAGAAUAUAUGGUAGAAGCCACCAAUGAAUCGGGCCGUGCAUUCAGCAAAGCCUUCCUCGCUAUUAAAGGUAACAAACUAUAA